AUGCCACAUAAUUUUAUCUUGGAAAUCGAAGUAUUUGACUGUUGGGGAAUUGACUUCAUGGGACUCUUCCCACCUUCCUAUGGCAACCUUUACAUACUUGUGGCUGUAGACUAUGUCUCCAAAUGGGUCGAAGCAUUGGCAAGUCCCACCAACGAUUCGAAGGUUAUUCUAAAGAUGUUUAAGCACAUUAUUUUUCCACGGUUUGGUGUUCCUCGGGUGGUGAUAAGUGAUGGUGGAACUCACUUUAUCAACAAAAUCUUCGACAACCUUCUGAAGAAGCAUGGGGUGACACACAAGGUCGUUACACCAUACCAUCCUCAAACUAGUGGGCAGACACCUAUUGGUACCACACCAUUCAAGUUGGUUUAUGGGAAAUCCUGCCAUCUACCCGUCGAGUUCGAAUACAAUUCACUUUGGACAACAAAGCAGAUGAACUUCAAUGUCAAAACGGCAGCCGAGAGGCGCCUUAUCCAGCUGAAUGAACUUGAUGAGAUCCGCAUGAACGCAUAUGAGAGCACCAAGAUAUACAAGGAACGGACCAAGGCGUUGCAUGACAAGAAAAUUUUGCCAAAGAAUUUCGCCGCUAAUAAUCUGGUCUUACUCUUCAACUCACGAUUGAAGGUUUUUCCUGGCAAACUACGCUCCCGCUGGUCUGGACCCUUCCGGAUAAAAGAAGUUAUGCCCUAUGGUGUCGUCGUUCUAUGGAACCACGAUGGGAAGGAAUUCAUUGUAAAUGGCCAACGUCUCAAGCCAUAUCUUGUUGCUCACGCUCCAGCAGAGGAUUCGAUCGUCCACCUGAUGGACCCACAGGCUGCCUGA